AUGGACCGAUUCACUCAGUUUCCCGCCGUCAAUGACGAUGGUGAUGAUGUUCACAUCGUACCCUGGCAGGUGGAUGCCCAACUCCCAUCGGAAAUAUUUGCUUUGUCAUGGGCAGUCUUGCUACGCGCAUUCACAACAGACGAGAACCCGGUCUUUUUAUUGAAUGGUGCGCCAGUCAAAGCAGAUCUAUCUGCCCAAACGGUUCAUCCAGCAGAUCUGGCUCCCGUAUCAGAUCUCUCACUUAAACACACAGCCGUGGUGUUGGAAGAUCCUUUGUGCAGUGAUGUCGGUCAUGCCCCGGCGUUGCAGUGGACCCUGGACCCCGCGACUCAGGUGGGAGUCCUGUGUGCGACCGGAGGCAUGGACGCCGCUUUCCUGUACCAGCUGGGCAACCAGCUGAAACAAAUCGUGCAAGAGCAGGCUGCCCAGAAAGGUAUACAGGUGACAUUGUCUGCCACGGAGGUUCCUGAUCUAGCAAUUUCAAACGCCUCACCCUCCACAGUGCCAGGGCCUCAACUUCUACACGAGCUUGCCCUGUGCAAGCUCAACGAUUCAAACAACGCCAUUGAAUUCCUCACUGCGGAUGGACAUGUUCGUUGCUUGUCGUACCGUGAUUUGGACCGGCUUUCCUCGGAGCUGGCGAGUAAAAUUGCUCGUGCUUCGACAACUUCACAGGGCCUACAGAGGGUUGUGCCAGUACUUCUGCCUCAGUCUGUGGAAUUAUACAUUUCGUGGCUGGCUAUUCUUAAGUCUGGCGCAGCUUUCUGUCCUUUGAAUACCGAUGCACCAAUAGAUCGCAUUGAGUUUAUCCUGCAAGAUGUGGCUGCAUCUGUGGUGGUCACAAAUGAUGCUCUUGCAACAAGGGUACCGCCGAAAGAGCAUAUUUCUAUCCUUGCCGUGGACGGUCUUGAAACCAACACCGAAACCACAGAGCCAUGCUCAGAAAACAGCACUCCCACUGACCUGGCAUAUGUCAUGUACACAUCAGGCUCUACGGGCCGUCCCAAAGGCGUUGGGGUGUCCCAUCUUGCUGCCACCCAAUCACUCCUUGCUCAUGACGAUUUGAUACCCCAUUUCAAGCGCUUUUUACAAUUUGCAUCUCCCACCUUUGAUGUUUCCGUGUUUGAGGUUUUCUUCCCGAUGAUGCGAGGGUCAACCCUCAUCGGCUCCGAGAGAGAGAAUAUGCUUCUUGAUAUUUCCCAUGUGAUGACUACGAUGAGAGUCGACGCCGCCGAAUUGACCCCAACGGUAGCCGGAGAGUUGCUGCGCGUACGAGCCGCAGCUCCAUCUCUCCAGGUGCUCCUCACUAUUGGUGAAAUGCUUACUAGACAUGUGGUAGACGAGUUUGGCAAGUCUGAGGGCAGAGAUGGCAUUCUCCAUGGGAUGUACGGGCCUACCGAAGCAGCAAUCCACUGUACCGCUGCCACCCAUUUCCAGGCCAAGGAUCGUGUCAACAUGAUUGGAAAGCCUUUUAAAACUGUUUCCGCAUACAUCAUGCCACUCCCCUCUGACGAUGAUCCAUCAUCCAUGCGACUUCACCCCCUUUCACUGGGCCAAGUUGGAGAGCUCGUGGUGGGCGGCCCUCAAUUGGCGGACGGGUAUAUCAAUCGACCCGAAGAAAAUACCAAGGCAUUUAUAGACAGUCCGGUGUAUGGCCGACUCUAUCGCACGGGAGACAAAGCCCGCAUACUCCCCACUGGAGAGAUUGAGUGUUUCGGCCGAAUUUCCAGCGGCCAGGUGAAGCUGCGAGGUCAGCGGAUAGAGCUUGGCGAGAUCGAGCAUGUUAUCACGAGAGCUUCCGGUGUCCGCAGUGCUGUAACCAUAGUCAUCGACGGCAACUUGGUUGCAUUUGUUCUGGUCACCGACGAGGUAACGACAGACAGCAGUCUCCGAGACGUCUGUCGUCAGCUGUUGCCUCGGUUCAUGAUUCCUGGCGAAUUCGUACUCGUCGACCAAUUCCCCCAACUUCCCUCGGGCAAGAUCGACCGUAAGACAUUAGAGGCCGAUUUCAUUCGCCACCGAAGCACCGCUCAGGCUUUUGAUGAUCAACCCUGCCGAGACGAAAAAGAAGAGUCUAUCAUCUCAAGCGUCGCUGAUGUGCUAGGCCGACGACUCUCGUCGACGGAGAGCCUAGCAGCAGCAGGGCUUGAUUCGCUAGCUGCAAUCCGUCUCGCGUCCCAUCUAUUGGAUGCGGGAAUUCGCUUAGGUGUGGCUGCCCUUUUGGAGGCAGACUCAGUGGACGGGAUCUGGCAGCUUGCCACCAGCCUUGAAGUUGCGAGCCCGACUGAUGAUACACAAGCGGCCCUGCAAACUAUUCUGCAACUUGUUUCAGAUGCAGGUGCAGCAAGGGUCGACUCACUGGGUUUGAGCGAGCAGGUUUCGGACAUCGUACCGUGUAGCCAUAUCCAACAGGCUAUGAUCUUGGAGACUGUUCGAGACGACCAGGCAUACUGCAACUGGAUUGAGCUGGAAUUCGAGCCCUCGGUCAAUUUAGCUUCAGUGAAAGAUGCAUUUGCUCAACUGGUGGACCACAACGAGAUCCUGCGGUCUGGAUUUGUGGAAAUCGGCCUCAAAGAUCACUCAUAUGGCCGCUUCACCUGGAAUACCGUUGACGAGCAUAUUUCCGUGAAACAAGAGCUUGACUACGAUUUGGGCUUGGGUGCGGGUCACGAUGUCUUGAACCCUUUCCGAGUCCAGAUCAAAGAAGGGAAGGAUCAUCUCCGCGUGCUGGUGCAUAUCCAUCAUGCACUUUACGAUGGAUGGUCUUGGCAACUCAUGUUGAAGGAUCUUAGAAGGAUCCUGUCCGGAGAGGAGCUUACUUCUAAACCCCCAUACAAUGUGGUCGCAAACUUUUUCAUUGAGCACAAACUGGACAAAUCGGCAACAGAGUCCUCAGCGUACUGGCGUGAUCAACUACAGGGUCUUUAUCCUACAGCUUUCCCUACUUUCCAUGGAAAUGCAGAUGUCGUACAUGCUACUGACAGGGCUACUCGGGUGCUGGAUAUUUCCGUAUCAAAACUCAACGAGGUUUCCCAGCAUCUUCGCGUGAGCCGGCAAACCAUUUUCCAAGCCGCGUUUUGCUAUAUCCUUUCUUCCUAUCUUGGAACCGGCGACGUUACCUUUGGAACUGUCUUUUCAGGCAGGACUCUGCCCUUAAAGGGCAUCGAGACUGUUCUCGGGCCUUGUAUUAGAACUUUGCCAACGCGCAUGAACCUCGACAAAAUGCAAGACGUGACUGAUCUCCUCUUGGUCAUCCAGAACACGAACCGCAAGUCAAUCGAGCAUGGCAGUCUUCCUCUUCAGGAUAUAAAGAAGGCUUCUGGUAUCGAUUUGAACCGUAGUCUCUUCGAUACGGCGUUUGUGUGGCAGGAAAGCAUUUGGUCAGAUGAUGAGCAGGGCUCUGUGUUCCGGGAGGUUGGGGCGGGCGAAUUUCUAGAAUUUGCGCUUUUGCUGGAGUUUGAGCCACGAGAAGAAAGCAUCUUUGCCCGGGUGACUUACCAAAAGUCGCUGUUACCAUGCGAGCAAGCUAUGGUACUUCUCAAGCAGAUUGAUUCUGUGGCCUCGAUCUUGAUCGAGAAGAUUAAGCUUCCGCUCCAGGAGAUUCGAUCAUAUCUUCCCUCGUCCACGUUGUCUAUUCAACAGGCAGCAUCAUGCGAGCAUGUUGAUCUGCCAAGUUUGACAUCCAGCGUCGAGAUGACUGCCUCUACAGACCCUGACCGGGUAGCGGUUGAGUUGAUGCUUUGGAAGCCAGAAACUCCCGCUCCAUUUGUCGAAAGCAUGACCUACAGUCAACUAAACUCCCGAGCCAACGCCUUUGCACACCUUUUGCUCCAUGUCGGAGUGACGAAAGACGAUCUAAUCGCCAUCCAUCUGACAACGUCCCUUGAUUUUUACGUUGCUGUGCUUGGAGUUGCGAAGGCUGGCGCUGGUCUCCUCCUAAUUCCCCAGGCCUCUGUGCAGAUAAUUCAUUCUAUUCUCUCCACGGCGAAAUCCAAGUUCUGCAUCGUCGACCACUUGACGGAAACGAAUCAUCGCUUGGAUUCUUCGAAGUCCAUCCAGCUGCUUUACCUCUCUUAUUCGCUGGAUGUUUAUCAUGAGUUUAAUAUUCCACAUAUUAAUGAAGGGUCUGAUGUUGCCUAUGCUGAAGUGACACUUACUGAGAAUGAUUUUGCCGAGACCAUCGUCAUCUCGCGCCAAAACCUACAGAGCAAUAUCAAUGCCCUUGCAGACCUGUAUCCAUCGCCAACCGGGUCAAAAAUGCUAUCUUGUCUUCAAGGAUCAGGUACAUCAAUUUGCCAGACAUUCUUCGCUUGGCACGUUGGCAUGACAUUGUGCUCAACUACAGACUUAAUCAUGAGGACUCGCGUCGAGCAAGCUUGUAAAGAUAUGGAAAUAACGCACCUUCACUUGCCUCCCAUGCUGGCCUCCCGUAUUGAUCCACAAGCCGUCCCCAGUGUGCAAUACCUCCUCUCUUCGGGCGAUGAAAUGACUCCCAAACUCCAUCGCAAUUGGGCCGGCAAAGGUCUUCACCAAGUAUACAGCAGCCGCGCACUGGCUCACGCAUGUACUCUCUGUCCCAAUAUGCAAGCAACGACCUAUGUUCGAAACAUUGGUAGACCCUUGAAGAACAUAUCUGUCAUGAUCGUGGCAGAUGGAGAUUCACUAGCUCCUCUUCCACGUGGCGCCAUUGGAGAGUUAUGCUUUGGCGGAGAUCAAGUUGGGCGCUGUCUAUCUGACUCCGAGCCAUCAGUGACUGAACGAUUCGUUGACCAUCCUGAGCUCGGUCGGAUCUAUAGAACGGGUGACAUUGGAAGACUGCUUCCUGAUGGUACACUCAUUCUUUCCCGAAGUUCUGGCCUUGCACAGUCGUAUGGCCUGUCUAUUGAUCUUGAUGAAGUUGAUCGCGCUCUCAUGUCUUUGGAAAUGGUCCACGAAUCAGUGAGCAUGCUUUUGGACGAACCAACACUGCGCCAGCAGAGAUUGGUAGUAUUUUGGGUUCCUUCAACGAAAUGCUCAGAUUCUGUGCAAACAGAGGAAGCUACGAAUGAUCUUUUCAAGGAGCUCACCAAGAGACUGUCUCCUUCUAGCCUUCCAUCGCUUCUCCUUCUCGUGGAAGCGAUAGAUCUCACUAGGUCUUAUAAGACUGACCAUUUCAUGUUGAGGCAACGGCUGGGACAGCUGACAACAAAAGACCUUACGAUAUUCUCGCCAAAGCUCAAUGCCGAUGAUACUGGUGAUAGUUUCACUGAGCUUGAGAAGACCAUCUGUGGCGCGCUAUCCGCAGUUACUGGUACCGACCAAAGCAACAUCCGCAAGCACGUGUCCUUCUACAGAAUGGGCCUGGACUCUCUUUCUGCCAUUUCCUUCUCGCGGAAGCUGUAUGAGUCUGGAUGUGGAAGGAUUUCUGUGUCCACAAUCCUGCGCCAUAGCUCUAUUGCUCAGCUUUCAGCUGUCAUUCCGGCCACGAUCAACGAGCAUCAGCGCAGACAGGCUGUGGUGUCCGCGCCACCAACUGUGUUCGAUGAAGCCUUCACUCGUCAGGUAGAAGAUGAGUUCAAAGCUGCAGCUGUACCAGUUCAGAGCAUUUACCCUUGCACUCCACUCCAGGAGGCUAUGCUUGCAGCUGAGUCUAGUGGUCAUUCAGCUUAUUUCAAUCACCUCUUGCUUCUUGUGCACACCGAUGCCCAGGAUAUGAGAGCAGCAUGGGCUAAGAUGAUGCAAAGACAAGGCAUUCUUAGAACUUGUUUCAUGCAAACUCAUGAUAAGCGGUUUGCAUAUGUUCAGGUUGUACUGGAUACAUCGGUCUUACCGUGGUCUCAUAUUGAAGCUUCCUCUUCUGAACUUGAGAAUGUCAUCAAGGAGAACAAGUCCAAAUUUGAGGGUCUUUCUCCUGUCAACGGCCAGUUGCCUUACUCGCUGACUUUCAUAACCGACUCCACUGCGCAGAAGACACAUCUUCUGCUGUCCAUUCAUCAUGCAUUGUAUGACGGAGAAGGUAUCGCCCAGUUGUUACAAGAACUCCAGCUGUUGCUUUCAAACCAAGAAUUGCCAACAACCGCUCCGUUCCGCAACUUCAUCGAUUACAUGACCUCUGUUGAUUAUGGCUCGUCGGAUGAAUACUGGGACCAGUACUUGUCAGGUGUUUCACCGACCCUUCUUUCCACGCCCGAGCCCGUAGCCCAUGCAGAUGAGUCGGCAUCACAGCAGAUCCAUACAUCCCUAAAUGGAUCUUUCAUGUCAUUCAAGCAACAAUGCAAAGACCUCUCCGUGACGCCUUUGAACAUCUUCCACGCUGCGUGGGCCAGACUCCUCGCUCUGUACACUGAUUCCUCCGACGUCUGCUUCGGUAAUGUCUUCAGCUGCCGAACUGUUCCUUUGGAUGGCGUAGAUCGGAUAGUUGGCCCUUGCUUCAACACACUUCCAAUUCGAACCAAGUUCUCCUCGACUGCAACAAAUAUUGACAUCGUUAGCUUGUCCCAAAAGAACAAUAACGACAUUUUGCCUCACCAACUCAGUCCUCUACGGCGUAUUCAACGGCGUGUUCUUGGUGAUGGCUCUCGCCUCUUUGACACGCUGGUCAUCUUCCAGAACAGAAGCACAGAUCUCGACCGCAAUGUCUGGGAACUUCUUCAGGACGAAGGAAACAUGGGAUUCCCCUUAAUUUGUGAGAUCGUCCCCGACGAGUCAAUCGACAGCAUCCGUGUCUGCCUCCACUUCCAAGUAUCCCAUGUCUCGCAAGCUGUGGCUGAGAAUAUCGCGCGGGACUUUGUGGCCCUUGUUGGACACAUCACUCAGUACCCGUCUGCUCAGGCAUCCGAUAAGUGGCUAUUUGAGACAGACAUUCCUCGAGUCUUUGAACAGAAGGCGCCCAAAAUGACAAAAUCUGUUCAUUUCCUGACCAAAUCUCGGCAAAAGCGCCCAUGGUCCUACCAAGAGGAGAUUGUUCGCGACCUUCUUUGCAAAUUUUCUAAUGUCGACUCGGACAAUGUGCUCCAGGAUACGACGAUCUUCCAACUUGGCCUGGAUAGUAUCAAUGCUGUGCAGGUAUCAGCGAAGCUGCGUGGGUUAGGGUAUAAUAUCUCAUCUGGUGAUAUUCUCGAGGCUGCUUCUAUUGACCAAAUUGCUUCUCUUCUUACUUCCAGCUCCAAGAUUGUCGAGGAAAUCGAGUUUGACUUCGGACUUUUCCAAACCCAUCAUUUACAAUCUGUCUGCGAACAACUUGAGAUUUCUUCGCAAAUGGUGCAAUCUCUUCGCCCUUGUACGCCAGUCCAGAAUGGCAUGCUGGCGAUGUUCACGAAUUCACAUGGUGAAGUGUACUUCAACCGAAUGGGCUUGAGAUUCUCCGUCCCUCUGGACAAGAGGAUUUUGAAAGAAGCAUGGUCUAAGGUCAUGGCUCAGCAUGAGAUGCUUCGAACAGGCUUCGUGCAAUUGCGCGAUCAGCAAAAUCCUUUUGCUAUGAUAACUUACCAUGAAAACAGCAAACUACCAUGGUGCGAGACCACGACCCCCAUGGCAGACACCCCUGGUGUUCAAGAAAAGCAUGCUUUGGAAAAUCUCCACCAACCCCCAUGGAGCAUUGAAGUAGAGGCAGGUGAUAACACCAGUAUCAUGCAGUUUUCUGCAUUGCACGCUAUUUACGAUGCUCAGUCUCUGGCUACCAUAUUUGCAGACGUCAGAGCAGCAUAUGAAGGGAAGGCUCUGUCUAUGCCGGUGCCAGUCACCAAGACUCUCGGCCCUAUCCUUCUUGAAAGCAAGAUCCAGAGCGAAUCCGCGCAAUACUUCUGGAAGGAACUGGCUCCAGAAGUGCAGCCCUCCAAAUUCCCCGACUUGCAUCCCAUCCGCACAAAUGAGCGAACAUUACUCACCACCUCCAUCUGUUGCGCACAGUCUCGCAAGGCUCUUGAAGAUGCCUGUCGAGAGAUCGGCGUUACACUACAGGCAGCGGGGCAAACCGCAUGGGCCCGCUUGCUCUCUGCAUAUACAGGCGAGUCCAACGUCACUUUUGGGACUGUGCUUUCUGGUAGAAACUUAUCCGCCGCUGCUCAACAUGCGGUAUUCCCGUGUUUGGUCACAGUGCCAACGCCCCUGCGUAUUGAGGGAUCCAACCGACAGCUUUUGGAUCGUACACUGAAGCGAAACGCUUCAUUGGUGAAGAAUCAGUUCGCACCUCUGUCACAUAUCCAGCGUUGGCUAGGUAGCAAUGAGCCACUCUUCGAUACCCUGUUUGUCUAUCAGAAGUUUACUUUGGAUGCUGUUGGUACCGAUGGAUGGGAUAUCAUUGGCGAGGAGACGAAUAUUGAUUAUCCUCUUUCUAUCGAGUUGAUUCCGCACUCGGCAGAUCUUCAGAUUUCACUGACCUACCGGGGCGAUCUUGAUACUGUCUUCCGUCCAGAUGCCAGUUCCACCGAUUACGAGUCUGUGGGUAGUAGUCUGCUAUCUAUUACUCCUGCGAAAGAAGCCCCAAUUCCUACUACGGUGACUUUGCUGCAUCAAUUCGUCGAAACGAACGCGCUCAGGAUCCCCGAGAGGAUUGCGUUUGAAUUUGCUUUCGGCGACACUGCAGACAAUCUCCAGAAGAAGACUUGGACUUACCGCAAGUUCAAUGAAUGCGGCAAUCAAAUUGCACAUCUCCUGCAGGCAAAGGGAGCUGUUCCUGGUGGAAUUGUGGGAAUAUGCUUUGACAAGUGCCCUGAAGCCUCCAUGGCGAUUCUGGGUAUCAUGAAAGCUGGAUGUGCAUAUUUGGCUAUUGACCCUGGUGCCCCUAUCUCUCGUAAGCAGUUCAUGUUAGAGGACUCCGGUACCAAGAUCCUGCUCUGCAAUCAAUUGAAGAUGGCCGAACUGGAGGGUCUGCCAGAUAUUGACAUCCAGGCACUUGAUGAGCCUGGGCUGUUUGAUGGAAUCUCAACAGGUGAUAUCUCACUUUCCCGUUCUAUUCAGUCAGAUGAUACUUGUUAUUGUCUGUACACCUCCGGUACAACCGGAACACCGAAAGGCUGCGAGAUCACGCACGAUAAUGCUGUGCAAGCAAUGCUGGCAUUCCAAAGAUUGUUCGCGGGACACUGGGAUGGAGAGUCUCGGUGGUUACAAUUUGCCUCCUUCCAUUUCGACGUCAGUGUUUUGGAACAGUACUGGAGCUGGAGUGUUGGAAUUUGCGUCACUUCCUGUCCGCGAGAUCUGCUGUUUGAGGAUCUCACUGGAACGAUACAGAAGCUUCAAAUUACGCAUAUCGACCUGACGCCCAGUCUGGCAAAACUGGUCCAUCCCGACGAAGUUCCGUCCCUUUGUCGGGGAGUCUUCAUCACCGGCGGAGAGGCUUUAAAACAAGAAAUCCUCGAUGCCUGGGGCAGACAUGGUGUUAUUUACAACGGAUACGGGCCUACUGAAGUUACUAUCGGAUGCACCAUGCUCCCACGGAUGUCUGCCAACGACAAAGCCUCAAACAUAGGGCCCCAGUUCGAUAAUGUAGGGUCUUAUGUCUUCAGCCCCGGCACCACGACACCAGUCCUACGCGGCAGCAUAGGCGAACUCUGCGUCUCGGGGCCUCUCGUUGGAAAAGGCUAUCUGAACCGAGCCGACCUCACCAAAGAACGGUUCCAAGAGCUCCCCGAAUUCGGCGAUCGCAUCUAUCGCACAGGUGAUCUCGUGAGGAUUUUGCACGAUGGAAGCUUCCAGUUCCUUGGCCGUAUUGAUGACCAGGUCAAGCUCCGUGGACAGCGACUCGAAAUUGGAGAAAUUAACGAGGUCAUCAAACGAACAACGCCUGAAUUGAACGAAGUCGCUACCCUAGUGAUCACACACCCCAAACAGUCGAAGGACCAACUUGUCUCGUUUUUCACGACUGUCACUGCAGAUAAGAAAUCUCGUGCUGUCGACGUCAGGGUCCGAUCAUCAGAAGACGACCGCGCCCUACUGUCGAAGAUCAAGGGCGCUUGCCGCACUCAUCUUCCCGGGUAUAUGGUGCCUACACAUAUCAUCCCGAUGACCCGCUUCCCACUUUCUGCCAAUAACAAGGCUGAUAUGAAAGUCUUGAAGAGUAUCUAUCAGGAGCUUUCUCUGGAGGAUAUUCAGAAAUUGGGCUCGAUGGGUGUUGGCCAGCCUACUGACAGUGUCCAGGAACAGAAGAUCAUUUCUGUUCUGGCGAAGUUCAUUGGUUCUUCUGUGGAGAAGAUCUCGUCAUGGUCCAGUAUAUACGAGCUUGGCCUGGAUUCUAUAUCUGUUAUUGCGUUCUCGAGAUGUCUCCGGGAGGCUGGCUUUUCUCAGGCUCAGCCAUCGAUCGUGAUGAAGUACCCUACAAUUUCUGGCAUGGCUUCGGCUCUACAGGUGUCUAUGUCGUCUUCUGUGUCCUGGGAUACCCUCCAACGAAAUUCCAAGCAACGCAUCGAGGCUUUCGCUCACCAGAACUCCCACGCUAUCGUCGAGCAUAUUGGAGCCAUCGACGGUGACGUUGAAAGCAUUGCGCCCUGCACUCCGCUCCAGGAAGGUAUCAUAUACCACUACCUGUCUAGCAGCACGCCAUUGUACUGCUCUUCUUUCACUUUCGAGCUCGACCCUUCGGUCAAUCUCGAGGAUUUGCGCGCAGCUUGGGGUCAGGCCCAGAGAGACGUUCAAAUGCUGCGUGUCAGGUUUUCGCCAUCUCCAGAUGGCUACGCCCAAGCUGUCAUGAAGAAAGAAGCCCUUCCGUGGUUCCUUGCUACCGCCGGCACUAAUGAGGAGAUUGAUGACUUGCGCAAACAACGACACGAACACUGGACCACCCAGCUCGACAGUCUUUCAUCGAAUCUGUGGGAAGUCGGAGUCAUUUCUUCCCCCGAAACAUCGGUGAUGUGUCUGAACAUCUUCCAUGCUCUCUAUGAUGGAAACAGCCUGGUCCUGCUCCUCGAAUCGGUUGCCCGAAAUUAUCUUGGCCAGAGCAAGAGUUCGCAGUCAAUCCCGGAGUUCACUGAUGUAUUGCACUUCGGUCCCCUUUGUAAAGACCCUGCAGCAGAGGCAUUCUGGAAAGAGCAUCUUGUCGGCUGUCGUGAUCGAGCCUUCGCCGAGAACGGCCAAGUAGACAGCUUGCCAAUUCUGCUCAAAGUUCAAAUGAAUGCGACGAACCAGGUUGACUAUCUUUGCCGGUCUCUCAAUGUCACACAGCAAGCUGUUCUCCAUGCCUGCUGGCUUCUCACUCUCCAGGAGCAAUACUCGUUCGUGCCACCACUUGGUAUCAUUGCCUCAGGCAGGACAAUCGAUAUACCAGGCAUUAGCGACGUUAUAGGGCCACUGUUCAAUACGAUCCCCAGCAACGUCCAGCUGGAUGGCUUGGAGUCUUGGUCUGAUAUUGCACAGCGCUGCCAUGGCUAUCAUGUGUCCAUGAUUCCUUUCCAAAACACCGCUCUGCGGGACAUUGUGAAAUGGCUCGGAAAAAGUCCCGAUGAGCGACUCUUCAACUCUUUGUUUGUCUUCCAGAGGGAAGAUGAUACCCACGAAUCGUCCACAAAAGGUCUUUGGCGUACACUCGACUCAGAGGCCCAGCAUGAGUACCCUCUGGCCUUUGAAAUUGUGCGCAAUAGCAAGCAAUAUCUGACAGUCACCAUUGCCGCAAAGAGCCAUGUGGUAUCGUUGGAGGACGCUCAGCAGAUGUUAUCUACGUUUGAACAAAUACUUUCUCAGUUUGCGCAGGACCCCAACAAAGAGUUGCCCAAGAUAAACCGGGUGCCUCUCACACAAGCUGUGACGAAUGGCGAAGUCAACGGUCACUACGAGUCUCCUAGAACAUUAGAACAAACCAAUGGUGAAUAUACCAAUGGCUCUUUGUUUGAAUGGACUUCCCAGGCUUCCACAAUCCGCAACGUGAUUGAAACCCUUGCGGGAGUGGAACCGCAAUCCAUCAGCGAGAACACGUCAAUCUUUGAAGUUGGACUUGAUAGCAUCGAUGCAAUCAAAAUCUCCUCGCGGUUGAGCAAGGCCGGAAUCAAACUUCCCGUGAGCUCCAUCAUGCGCCAUCGUACAGUGAAGGCCAUGAGCGAGCAACUCUCAAUGACAAAUAGCCAUACCAAAGAUGCGACAUUGCCAUUACUCAAUCAGCUAGAGAAAUCGCUGGCCAAGUUUAUCGGUGCUGAAGGUCUUCUCCCUCCGAGCGCGACUCGAAUCCUACCAGCUACACCCAUCCAAGAAGCUAUGGUAGCAGAAAUGUCUGCCUCUGGUUACAAGCAUUACUACAGCCACGAAAUCCUCGAGCUUGAGCCAGAUGUGGACAUUGAAAAGAUGGAACGGGCAUGGAGAGCUGUCGUUAGGGCCCACCCUAUCCUCCGUACUUCGUUCGUUGAAGUCUGGGAUCCGCAGAUUCCUGUUUCAUAUGCCCAAAUAGUUCACGACGAGGAUCAUAUUGACCUUCAGACUGUCUAUUUGCACGGAGUCUCCGUGGAAUCCAUUAUAGAGACUCAGCGUUCAAGGGCACGCAAAGAACUGAUAAGCAGCCCUUUGCUAUCUAUCGCCAUUGCAGUGGAUGGAGCUAGACGGUACGUUGUUUUGUCAAUUGCACAUGCUCUUUAUGAUGGCUGGUCGAUCAACCUACUUCAUGAAGAUAUCGCAAGGUCUUAUGCUGGUGCAGAGUGCUCCCGCCCGCCGGCUGAUGACAUUCUCGAGCAAAUUAUUUCCUCGUCUGGCCAGGAAGCACUCAGGUUCUGGCGAGCAACGCUAUCUAACUUCGCUCCGGUAUCUUUCUCGUCUAUGGAGCAUGCUGACAAAGCGUCGGCCGUCGUUCACCGAGCAGAACAAUCGUUAUCUGUGCCACUGUCCAAAGCGGAGGCGUUCUGCAAACGCCAUGGCAUUACUCUCCAGGCACUUCUCGUCGGCUGUUGGUCUCUUGUCCUUGCCACGCAUGUCAAGAAGCUAGACGUUGCAUUUGGGCUUGUCCUUUCUGGUCGGAACGUGGCUGACUCUGAGCAUGUGAUGUUCCCGACCAUGAACACUGUCGCCAUGCGAGUUAUUCUCCAUGGGACGCGCGUAGAAUUGGUGAAGUAUGUACAGGAGGCUCUCCUAGCCAUGUCUGAACAUCAGCAUUUCCCACUUCGGCGCGCCAGACCAGAUACGGGAUCGCGGGCGUUGUUUGAUACGCUUUUCAUGUAUCAGAAGAGGCCGGUAGAAAAUGUCCAGGCCCAGCCUGGCCAGGUUCUGUAUAAAUCUAUUGGUGGAGCAGCCGAUGUUGAAUACCCUGUUUGUGCUGAAGUUGAAGGCGUCGGGGAGGAUUUGGUUGGACGAGUUGCUUGUCGUGGGAAUGUUGUUGGAGAUCAAGAUACACUUGCGCUCUUGGGGCAGAUGGGCGAUAUACUUUCGUCUAUCAUUGAUGAUCCAUCUGAACAGACUGUCGAAUUUACCAGCGAAGGAGUGAAGGUUUGUGGAAGCGCGGCUUUCCAGGAUGAGUUUGGACAAGAUAUCAAGACUGACGCAGAGCCCCGGGCGCUCAGUCACGCACAAUGGUUGCCCAUCGAGUCAAAGAUCCGCGAGGUUCUUUCCAUUACAUCGGGAGUACCUGAGAGCUCCAUUGACAAGAGCUCCACAAUCUUCGAGCUUGGUCUGGACAGCAUCAGCGCCAUCAAGGUGGCUGCGCUUCUGAAGAAACAGUCCGUCAAGCUCGCGGUCAGUGACAUGCUUCGGGCUGGUACCAUCGAGAACAUGGCCAAGGCAGCCAACAGCAACCAGACGGAGUUCUCACUCACAAAUAUAUCGAGCAUUCUCCACGAAUCACUCAAUGGUACUAAUGUGGCGGAACUUCUACAGUCGCAUGGUAUUGAUUCACAACGGGUAUUCUACCCUGAGUUCUACUAUGUGGCAUCACGGAAAUUGAGCCCUGAAGUACUUGAUCGGGCCUGGGAUCGGGUCAUAGACCAAACCCCAAUGCUUCGAACAGCAUUCGUUCCCACUUCUGGCUCUCCACUAUUGCCCUAUAUGCAGAUCGAGUUUGAGGCUGUGAACAUCCCUGUGAUCUGGCAUUCCAAGUUUGAUCGGCAUCUUGUUUCAAGAAGUCUCAAGCAAGAAUUCGGGGCAGUGCCGGUCGCACUGCAUGCCUGUCAAACGAACAAGGGAACGGCCCUUAUUCUGCGAAUCCACCAUGCACUUCAAGAGGUUGCCAAGCCAAACCCCGACCUUGAACUCUCACAGCUCGUGGCAUUCCAGCAUAUUCAUUCGCCCGUGGAUGUCCGGCGGCAAUUCUGGCAAAAGUAUCUAGGCCAAAUGCCAACAGCGGUAAAACGAGGGGAUGGCUUCGGCUCUGUGCAACAUCACUACCGACCGGGUCUGGUUUUAAAUAUGACCAGUGUCGAAAAGGUUGCUAAGCGCCAGGGCCUGAGCAUUCAGACCGUCUUUUUGGCUGUCUAUGCUCGAGUGCAUUUGCAGGAAUUGGGUGCAGCUGAAACCAUAGAUGACGCAGGGUCUCGCAGGCGGUUAACAGUCGGACUGUACCUUGCCAAUCGAUCUUAUUCCAUCGAGGGUCUCGCCGAGUCGGUGAUUCCCACCGUUAACAUUGUUCCACUACGACUGGAUGACAAACUCAGCGAUUCCAACGACACCCUCCUUGACGCCGCCCGCAGAAUCCAAACUGAGAUCAACGAGAUCAGCCGACCAGAAUACUCGGGUGUGUCUCUCCUGGAAAUUGCCGAAUGGACGGGCGUCCGAAUCGACACCUGCGUCAAUUUCCUGCGACUCCCUGAGCAAGAAUUGAAAGCACCCAGCAACGGUGACCAAGUAAAGUUUGCUCUCACAGCAAUUCAACGCGAGGAGUUUGAAGAUCUUAGCGGGGCCGCCCCAGUUUCGGAAAAAGACUCAAUUCCGAUUAAUGGCAAUGGUGUGGCGCCACCAGGUGCAGCCGAGACGAGCCCGGGCCUCGAACAUCCAAGCGUCUCAGCGGCUACUCAAAACAUCUUCCUGCCUAUGAUCGACGUGGAAGCCGCCAUCCGUAAUGGUCGGUUAGACUUUGGGCUCUUCGCACCGGAAUCCCGUCUGGACCGAGACACAGCGGAGAGGGUGAUCGGCGCUAUGCGGCGGGAGAUGUCUGCAUUGGUGACAGGUUUCGAAUCGAUAUAG